ACACGAGGGGGAGAAAGAGAGGGAAAGAAAAUAGUUGUCAAUUUGUUCAACAUUCAACGGCUGUUGGACAGUGACACAGGAUUUUGGGAACUCCUCACAGCUGUUAGCGCAUUGCCGGCUUUUCUUUUUCCCUUUUUUGUUUUUGGGUUCAUUCAAAACCAUCAUCACGCACAUUGAAACUAUACUCUCUGAAGUGGGGUGCUUGGUUAGGGUGAGAAAAGGAGAGACGCGUCUGAGUUUUGGGAUAAAAAUGGGGUUUCUGGAAAUGGGUAUUUGAGAAUUUUAUGUCGUGGGGUGUUUUUAUUUUUUAGUUUUUUCGAAUUAUUUUCGUUUUUUGAUCGGUGGGGUUUGGGACGGGAAGAAAAGAUGUUGAGUUCUAAGGAAUUCUGGACGAAGAAGACUUUAGUGGGUCUUGGAUUGGGGCAGUUUCUGUCUCUUCUGAUCACUUCUACUGGCUUUUCUUCUUCUGAACUUGCAAGAAGAGGAAUCAACGUGCCAACUUCUCAGUCUUUUCUAAAUUAUGUGCUCUUGGCAAUUGUCUAUGGAAUCACUAUGAUUCUUCGAAAAAGGGCUCUCAAGGCAAAAUGGUAUUAUUAUGUAGUUCUUGCAUUGGUAGAUGUAGAGGCCAAUUUUCUUGUGGUAAAAGCAUACCAAUACACAUCUAUAACAAGCGUCAUGCUGCUGGAUUGUUUUACAAUCCCAUGUGUCAUAAUUUUUACCCGAUUUUUCUUGAAGACAAAGUACAGAAUUAAGAAGUUAACUGGUGCAUCAAUCUGUAUUGCUGGUAUUGUUAUUGUCAUCUUUUCAGAUGUUCAUGCAAGUGACAGAGCUGGAGGGAACAACCCUCUGAAAGGGGAUUUGCUUGUGAUUGCUGGAUCUAUACUCUAUGCUGUCAGCAAUGUUAGUGAGGAGUUUCUUGUGAAAAGUGCCGAUAGAGUUGAACUCAUGGCAUUGCUGGGGUCUUUUGGUGCUAUUGUCAGUGCUAUCCAAAUAAGCAUACUGGAGCGUAAUGAACUUAAAUCCAUCCGCUGGUCAGCUGGAGCAGCACUUCCAUUUGUCGGAUUUUCAGCAGCCAUGUUUAUGUUCUACUCAUUAGUUCCUGUCUUGCUUAAGCUCAGUGGGUCUGCAAUGUUAAACCUGUCUUUACUGACCUCAGAUAUGUGGGCAGUCUUUAUUCGCAUCUUUGCUUACCAUCAAAAGGUUGAUUGGAUGUACUUCAUUGCAUUUGCUGCUGUUGUCAUUGGACUUGUUAUUUAUUCAGGGGGUGACAAAGAUGAUGAGCAACAUACUGCUGACGUUGCUGAUGAAGAUGCUGAGAGAAGCAGACACUUUGAUGAGGAGGCUGGUCCUAGAAAUUCCAACCGGAGUUCUAUGGCUGGGGGCUCAAGGAUUGGGGACAGUAAUAAAGAUGAUUCUGCUCCCAAGAAGGGAUCACACUGAUAACAAGAGCAUAUGAAAAGAGGUACAAUGGAAAAAAUGAUAAUCCAUCAUUUUUCAUCUUUCACAUGUAAAUGAAGAUUGCAAAACACUGCUGUCAAGGAAGUGGCAGAUGUCUUGCUACAGUAGGAUUGGGUGUAGGACUGGGUUUUGAGCAACGAAGUUUGAAUAAUAAUCUCUUAGUCAUGAAAGAAAUCAUAAAUUCAUGAUUGCAGUAUACAGAUUUUUCAAAGAAACGCUUCACCAAAAGUUACGAUUGCGCUAACUAGGCCGUCA